AUGUCUUCAUUUGUAACGAUACCCUUUGUCCAACCAGUUAUAGCCGCCACAUCCCGAAGCUCUGGUCCGACCACAUCGUUGCAUCGAGCUCACUCUUCUUUAGCUUAG